UGAGGGAGACAGCAAUAGAGAAGAGGCAGAGUCGGGGAAAGAGCGGUGUGAUCGGACUACCAUAUUAUGCACAGCGAAUGCUAGCGCGCAACAGAAGCAAAUAGGCUGGUGGAGACAAACGAAGAAAAGUAUUUUAAACUAUCGCUUUUUAUAGACAUUUUUGUUUUAUUCACGGGCACGCAUCUGAAAAACAUAUGAAGAUUUGUUGUUACCAUUUUUUUCAAUUGCUCCAUUUUGGAGCUAAAGAAACUAUAUGAAAUAUUUACAGUUGUCCAUUUUAUUUAUAUGUAUUGGAGUUAUAUGAAUCGAAGAUAAUAUAUCAGCAAAAUGAGAGCUCAAAUUGAGGUGAUCCCGUGUAAGAUCUGCGGGGACAAGUCUUCAGGAAUCCACUAUGGCGUCAUCACCUGUGAAGGGUGCAAGGGCUUCUUCAGGCGCAGCCAGCAGAACAACGCCAUGUACUCCUGCUCGCGUCAGAGGAACUGCCUCAUCGACCGCACCAACCGCAACCGGUGCCAGCACUGCCGGCUGCAGAAGUGCCUGGCGCUGGGCAUGAGCCGCGACGCGGUGAAAUUUGGCCGCAUGUCCAAAAAGCAGCGGGACAGCCUGUACGCCGAGGUCCAGAAGCACCAGCAGUCCCAGGAGCUGCCGGGGGCGCUGGGCGCGGUGGGCGGGGUGGGCCUGUCCCGGGACGAGGGGUGCGACGCGGGCAGCCACGGCCGGGCCUACAGCCGGGGCUCCAGCGCGGCGCUGAGCGACCUGGACGACAUCGUGGCGCUGCCGGACGGGCUGCUCUUCGACCUGCCGCUCACGCCGGAGGGCGCCGGCGGCGACUACUACUGCGGCCUGGAGCUGCUGGGGGGGGGCUGCGGCGGCGGCGGCGGCGGCGGGGGGGACAGCGCGGGCAGCGGGUCGUCCUCGUCCCGGAGCUCGCCGGAGCAGAGCGGCCUGGACUUCGGCGACGCGGCGCACAUCAAGCACGAGUACCAGCUGCUGCACGCGCCCGCGCUCUACGUCCACCCGCUCCUCAGCGCCGUGCCCGACGGCUGCUCGCUGCUGGAAAUAGAGCGCGUCACGCAGAGCGUGGUGAAGUCCCACCUGGAGACGAGUCAGCACGGCACGGAGGACCUGAAGAGGCUCAUGUGGACCAUGUACUCCCCCGAGGAGACCCGCUCCUUCCAGAGCAAGUCUGCGGAGUGCAUGUGGCAGCAGUGCGCCCAUCACAUCACCAACGCCAUCCAGUACGUGGUGGAGUACGCCAAGAGGAUCGCCGGCUUCAUGGACCUCUGCCAGAACGACCAGAUCAUCCUCCUGAAAGCAGGCUGUCUGGACGUCCUGCUGAUUCGCAUGUCGUGCGCCUACAACCCCGUCAACGACACGCUGCUGUUCGACGGCAAGUUCGCCGGGCCCCAGCUCUUCAAAUCUCUCGGUUGUGAUGACCUCGUGAGCGCGGUGUACGACCUGGCCAAGAGCCUGAGCCGCCUGCAGCUGUCUGAAGAGGAGAUGGCGCUGUUCAGCGCGGCCGUCCUGCUUUCCCCAGACCGGCCAUGGCUGACUGACACUCAGCAGGUCCAGAAGCUUCAGGAGAGGGUCUACGUUGCAUUACAGCACUGUCUCCACAGGAGCGGCGCCCCUGAGGAGAAACUGGCCAAGAUGGUGUCCAAGCUGCCCAUGAUGAAGUCCAUCUGCAAGCUGCACAUCGACAAGCUGGAGUUUUUCCGCCUGCUGCACCCUGAGACGGCCUACAGCUUCCCCCCUCUGUACAGAGAGGUGUUCGGCAGCGAAAUCGCCUUCCCGGACUCCACCGAGGCCUAACCGCGCGGUCAGAGGAAGACGGAGCGAAAGACAGAAAGACAGGGAGAGAGAGAGAGAGAGAGAGAUGGGGAGGAUGUUAAGGCAGAGGAAUGUUGUAUCACAAGUAGAGACCAGCAGCUCAGCGACAAUCAUGCACACAACACUUUACCCCACACACACACCCGCGUGCACACACACACACACACACGCUUCAUCCCAAACUCUGACCUGACUCCCUUCUGUGGGAUAACACUGUAAAGUGGCCCUCCCCAGAGUUUAUUAAACUUAAGAGUAACACCCAAUGCCAGCAGGAGGCGCCCUACAUGCCUGUAGGGCCAGACACUGUCUUGCAUUGAGUGAACACUUGAGUUGACUUGCAAUAGGAAUCAGUUUCUCUCAGUUACCUUUAUAUGCGAGAGCUUGCUCCCAAGUUCUCACAGCCCAUGUCCUCGAACCAAUGUACCCGUGAAUGUACCCCACAGACAUGGAAGCAAAGCCCUUAUUUGUGAGGCAGAAUGUGUGAGAGCAGUCCUUUUUUAAUUUGACUUUUUAAAAAAAAAUUCGGCCCAAACUCGCUACCGGCCACAGUCGGCACCGGCGCGGUCCAGAUUCGAUCCGAAGCCACGGGGCUCGUCCGUACACCACGGCGUGGUGCCUUAACCGAAUGAGCCACCCAGCCGCCCCAAAGAUAUGCUUUCAUGAUGACAGUUUUUUUUCCACAUAUAAUAGCACACAAAACCUAUGGUUUUGAUUGUGAUCGACUAGUGGCCUAUACAGAGCAUUUUAAUCCUUUUAGCGAAACAAUUUAAAGGGACCAAGAACAGUGUUUUUGCAUCAGACAAAUGCCGUUGUAGCACGAAUCAGCAACAGAAAGCUAAUCUACCUUUUUUUUUUUAAUUAUCGAUUCAGUGACUCGCCACCUUAACUGACAUGCACAAGUAACUGACUUUUACAUGUGACACUAGUGACACUAACUGGCCGACCAGUGUGUUCGCACAGGCACACCUUCAGACAGUGUUUUUUGGAGCUGCUCUUUUUAAAAAAUAAAAAAAAAAAAUGCAAUGGAAAAACCUCAGUCCCACCACCCUUUUCCCCUUUGCAAUCGCCACUUAGAGAAAACAGAAAAAGUAUUUUUAAAAGUUCCUUUAAUUUAUACAUACAUUUAUAUAUAUAUACAUUUAUUGAGAAAGUAUAAAUAUGUAUAGAGAGAGAGAGAGACAGAAAAGAAAGAGAAGGAGGAAGAGAACGACUGACAGAAAGCGGGAACUAUGUCAGAUGAGCCGGGGGGGGAGGGGUCUGUCAGACCACCGUUCUCCUGGGUCUCUGAACAAUCCUGGGCCAUCGGAGUUAAAACCGGGACUAAAUAAACUCGGCAAAAAGGCCGGGGGAAACCGGAGAAGACAGAGCAGCACUUACUGAAUCACGGGGGGGUGGGGGGGGCGCACUGUGGACCGUUCACCUGUGCCCUGGAGGCCUGUUGGCUCUCCAGAGGAACCGCCCCCCCCCCCCCCCCGGCUAGACUUUGGACCAGUGAGCCCAUCCUGAUAGGGCAAGACUGGCACCAGAGAGGGCUGGGAGGAGACUUUUGGAAGGUCGGGAAAAAAAAAACACAUUAAGGUGACUGUCCCACUUCCCCCACCCCCACCCCCAAAAUGAUUUUUUCAAAGACCUGCUGGAACCUUAAACUGACCCAUGUGUUCCCUGGACAACCGCCUCGUUGUUAAUGUGUAGCCAGUGCUGUGGGAACCUUGAUCCAGAGAGACUUUACCGUAGAAGAAGAGGACAAGACAAGCAGCCUGGUCUGAGCUGGCAGAGUGAAAGGCUGCGGUGGAGGGUCAGGGGUCGGAGGUCGUGGGUCAAAGAAAUCAUGUGAUCAGUCGGAUGGUUGAGAGGGGCUUGUGCCUGGAGAAGACAACAUUGUGUCAGGGUAUUAGCAUUGUAAAAAUUUACCCUAGGGUACCUGCAUUGUAAAAUUAUACCCUGGGGGUAUCUGCAUUAGAAAGCUGUACCCUAGGGUAUCUGCAUUGUAAAGCUGUACCCUAGCGUAUCUGCAUUGUAAAACUGUACCCUAGGGUAUCCGCAUUGUAAAACUGUACCCCAGGGUAUGUUCAUUGUAAAGCCGUGCCUGAGGGUAUCUGCAUUGUAAAACUGUACCCUAGGGUAUCUACAUUGUAAAGCUGUACCCUAGGGUAUCUGCAUUUUUAAACUGUACCCUAGGGUAUCUGCAUUGUAAAGCUGUACCAUAGGGUAUUUGCUUUGUAAAGUGGUACCCUAGGGUAUGAUCGUUGUAAAACUGUACCCCAGGGUAUCUGCAUUGUAAAACUGUACCCCAGGGUAUCUGCAUUGUAAAACUUCCCAAUUUCAGUUUUUAUGGAUUGUGAAUUGUGCCCAUAUAUACUCUCACCCCCCUUCCUUAUUGUCUUUCCGCCUAUGUACACUACGGCACAAUUUAAGGGUUGACAGAGCUAUCAGCUACCCCCCUGAGAUAGGGAUUACUACUACUACUAUUAUUAUAUAGUACAUAUUCUAUUUUGGAUUUUUUUGAGGUGCAAAGGACACUGAAGAACAAAUAAAAUGUAUCGUUUUUUUCUGAACAGAUGUAUUUUCCUACAGUGUUUGUUAAACUCCAUGAGAGGCAAGUCGAACCCAAUCCGCCACUUCCUGUGCCCGAAAGCAGACCAGACCAAUCACAGGCCACGCUUAACCCCUCCACCAGGAGAGGAUGGCUUGCUCUUUUUUU